AUGACAUCAUCCCCUAAAAGGAGCAGUUCUUCACGAUCAAUAGAUAGUAUUGGAUCUUCUAUUAGUAAUAUUGAACAUCAAUUUACAAAAUACAAAGAUCACGCAAAUAUUUUAUUUAAAUCUUUCGAUUCAAAUGGAAAGCAAAUCACUCUUCAAUCAUUAUUAGAUAAGAUCAACCUCAUAAAGAUUAAUCUCAAUCAAUUAAAUGCGAAUUCUCAGCAGCAAAGCGUUCAUAUUCCUUCCCAAAUCAAGAAGUUACACGCUGAUAUAAAAUUAGAAACAGAAUCAUUAAACCUACUUAUCCAAGAUGCAAUUUCACAGAUUAAAUCCGGAAAUACAGAUCUUAAAAAUAAAUUAGCGUAUGUUUUAGCAGAACAAAGUAAUAAACUCACAUUAGAGCAGUACCAACAGUAUAACACGCGCAUAGAAGCUGAUGAAAAGUCAUUAAAAUCAUUAGAUUCAUCGGUUGAAAAAUAUCAAAAAUCGGUAGAAAAAGAAACAGACUUAAUUUCUCCGGAAGUUGCGAAUGAAGUCAAAAAUAACAUAGAUGAUAUCAAAAAGAACGUAAGCAAGAUUCAAUUUCGAAAUCUGGAAUUAAUAAAUCCCGAACUUGAUCAAAGCAUCGAAAAUGAUAUAGAAAAGUUAUCUAAAUCUUAUUACAAUUCGCAAGUUGAGCUUCAGAACUUACAACAAAAAUUAAACACAAUUGAAAACUAUUCAAGCUUACUAAAUGAUCGAACAGCAAUCAUUAUACGUAUCAGAGAAUUAAAAUUAGAAAUUAAGCAGUUUAUGGACAAAAUCCAAAAGUUUUCUUCGAAAAAUUCCCAAAAUGUAGAAGAUAUCUUGAAAUCAUUCAGGAAAAUAGAGAAAAGCAUUACUGAAACACAAAAUAAGAUUGAUGUUGAAUGUUCAAAUGCUACAGAAACUAACGUUUAUAAUUAUUUUUCAGAAUUAAGAAAAUUUAUGCAAGAAUGGAAAGAAUCAUUAGAUGCAAUUGGCUCACAAAUGUCACAAGUCAUCCCACGAACUGUUAUCACCAGAAGUUUUGCAGAUGUAGAACGACACGAAAAUGGAAUCAAAGAAAUCAUCAGAAAAGCUCAAGAAGACCUUGAAAGAGCCAAAUCUCGGCAUCCACUGAAUGAUAGUAACAUAAUACCCAUUCUAAAUAACAUAGAACAGAUACAAUCUUCAACAACAGUUCUUCCUUCAAUGGCAAGAAGUGUUCUCAAAGUUUCUGAUGGAAUUGUUGCUUUAAGACAAGAAAUGUCACUUUUAGAUUCAAUGUCUUCCGAAAUUGAGUCAAAAAUCGAGAAAAUCAGAAAAAUUCAAAAUGAUUCCGAGAAAGAUGAGAACAAUAGUCAAAAAUAUACCAACAGAAUUGAUAAAAUAACAGGUUAUGUUAAUAAUUUAGCUUCUUCUAACUCCAAUUUUGUUGAUCCGACAAAUCAGAUCAAAAAGUUUGAACAGGAAACAGAUUCUAUUAUGCUACCAUUGCAAAAUGAUAUAAAUAAGGCUUCUGCACCAUACAUUUCUCCUGAAAAUUUAACAAAAAUUCAAAAUGAAAUAGAAAACUGUAUAAAUGAAGUACAAGAAGAAUCAGAUAGUGCCAGAUUAAGAAUUAAUACUAUAGCUAAUAAAGAAUACGAAAAAUACCUUACACAAGUUACAAGAAAUUUAGAUUCAAUUAGAUAUGAUACAAAUUCGCCAAUACUAUCACAACAAAUUGAUGAAUACAAAGAAAGAUCAAUAUCCAAGCUAAAUGACUUCAUUCAGGACAAACCAAUGAAAAAUCAGCUGAAUUCUUUGAAUGUCAAUCUAAAGACGAUGAAAGACAUUUUCAAUACAGAAAUAGGCAAAAUCAAACCUAAAAAGACCAAAUCUGAAAAGAAUAACAGCAAAUUAGAUGAAAAAUUAAAGAAUGAAACAGAAAAAUUGCUGAAAACAGAAGAAAUAUUUGGUUUGGUAUCUGCUUCUGUUAUACAUCCAUAUAAUGAUCUUAAAAAUACCUUGACAAAUCUAAAUAAUUCAUUUAAUACAGGAAUAAUAGGAGAUGAAGAGAAACAAAGAAUCUUACCUGUUAUGGACAUUAAAAACAAACCCGUCUUAGAGAUAUAUCCUUCAAGAUUCGAUAAAGUUACAAAACAAAUUUUGGAUUUAAGAGAAAACGUUGAAAAGAUGGAUUCACAAGUUCCUCAAAUAGACUCCGACAUAUCAACUCUAUCUUCUAUGGAGUCUGCAAUUAAGAAACUGAAAAACGACCGAACUUUGAAAAAUGAGAAAGUUCAUAUACCAAAAGGAGCUGAAAAGUUACCAGAAAUGAAUUGGACAAUUCUUAAAAUCCUUGAUUCACAAGGAAUUGAAUAG